CCGCCUCCGCGAGCUCCCUGGAAUCCUUGCAGCCCUGCCGGCAUGUCUCAGGCGGAGUUUGAGAAAGCUGCUGAGGAAGUUAAGAACCUUAAGACCAAACCAGCAGAUGAUGAGAUGCUGUUCAUCUACAGCCACUACAAACAAGCGACCGUGGGUGACAUAAAUACAGAACGGCCUGGAAUUUUGGACCUCAAAGGCAAGGCCAAGUGGGAUGCCUGGAAUGGGCUGAAAGGGACUUCCAAGGAAGAUGCCAUGAAAGCGUAUAUCAACAAAGUAGAAGAACUAAAGAAAAAAUAUGGAAUAUAAGGGACUGGAUUUGCCUGCCACCUUUGCAGUUCACCUGACAUAAUGCCUUGUUUUUCUAAUACUGUGGAUGAAGUUAAUAAAUAACUAGUUAAGCCAGUUGCUCAAGACAGCCCAGGAUGUAACGCCAGCAGAUUAGGGGCUGAAAUGGCUACUAACCCUCGCCGAGUAGUUUUUAUCAUAGGUCAAUUAAAAGUACAUUUGUUACUUU